AUUGUUGAAAGCCCACCCCUACAUCACACACACAUCAUACUCCACUUGGUCCACAACACAACAAGGAGAGUAUUUACCAGCCUGCCUUCAGAGAGACCACCCGGACACACUCCACUCUCCGGACGCUUGUGAUGCCUUGGAUUGUAUUUGGACCUGGAACUCGGACGCAGACCUAGUCUAGAUUGAUUUGGAUGCUUUGGAGUUAGUGGAAAGUGAAAAGUAUACUGGAGUCCGUUUCUAUAAUCCAACAACGUUGCUCUUUUGGAAUCUAAAGAGAGGGCUUGGACCUGACACUUCAUCCACCACUAGAGAGCCGACAUACACUGAACAGUGAAGGACUUGUCUUUGGGAUACUUCUCCAAUAGAAUUUCCCAGUGUGAAUGCUGAAACGUGCGAGUGAAUUCCGAAGCGGAGGAGGCGGAGGAGCAGGGGUAGUAGAUAUGUGGAUCCCGACCCCCAGCCUGUCUCUCCCCCAGCGGGUCCUGCUGUACGGCUCCUGUGCUCUGGCGCUGGGGAACUCCGUGGGCCUCCUGGUGCUCCUGGUCCAGCAGAACCAGCUGUGGACCAGGGUGGACCGGGUGGAGAGCCGGGUGACGGAGGUGGAGCAGAGCUCCGUGGUGGAACUCCUCCAGGAGGUUCCCAGAGGAGGUGUGGAGGAGCAGGUCCAGUACCAGUACUCCAGGAACAAGCGGAGCCAGGAAAUCGAAAGGGAGCUGAGGCAGGAGUUGAGGCAGGAAAUGAGGCAGGAGGUGAGCCAGGAGAUCGAAAGGGAACUGAGGCAGGAGUUGAGGCAGGAGUUGAGGCAGGACGUGAGGCAGGACGUGAGACAGGACGUGAGGCAGGACGUGAGGCAGGAGGUGAGGGACCUGAAGCAGGAGGAGGAGAGCCAGGGGCUGCUGCAGGAGGCCAGCCCCGAGGUGGAAGGGAGCCAGGAGGUGGAGGUGGAGAUGGGGAAGAGGAUGAGGCACGAGCUGAAGCACAAACACAGGCCCUCUCACGGCCACAAGAUGGAGAUACGAGACGAGAUGAUGAUGAUGAUGACCUACUCCAUGGUCCCGAUCAAAGUGUUGAUUGAUAUAUGUAACAGCACCAAGGGAAUAUGCAUUGCAGGCCCUCCAGGACCGCCUGGUUUGCCAGGACGAGAUGCGUCUCCAGGGGACAAUGGCACUGAUGGGAUCCCAGGUCUGGAUGGACUGCCUGGGGCAGACGGCAAGCGAGGGAAGAGAGGCCCACCGGGUGAGGAAGGACAGCCAGGAGAGAAGGGAGAGAAGGGAGAGAAGGGAGAGAGAGGAGAGCAAGGCCCUCCUGGAGAAAAGGCACACCCAUCUAACGAUGUCAUAUUACAGGGCCCCCCAGGUCCAGCUGGUCCUCCAGGAUCUCCUGGUCCUAUUGGUCCCCCGGGGCCCCCCGGCCCCCCAGGCCCCCAUGGGCCCCCCCGGAACAGGAGCCACAGACCCUACAUUCAUGCUGCCCAGACAGAGGGUCCACUCCAUGCUGUCCCAAAUGACUGGGCCUUGUCUGGGAAGGAGGUUGGGAAACAACAGGAGAAAACCAAGAAGAAAGAAUGCUUGAUCAAGUCACUGAUCAACCCCAGGAACAUAUCUCAGAUGAACAACACCUUCGGAACCUGGAUGAAGGACAUGGCAGUGCUGAGUGACGAACGUAUCUGGGUGGCAAAUCACUUCUCCGGGAGCGUAAUAAGGAAAUACAACAGCAUCACAUCCUUCCAGAACAGAAGCAGUGACGUCAUCAACGUCUGGAAGUUCUUCCAGGGUUGUGGUCACAUGGUUCACAACGGCUCCUUCUACUACCAUGUAGCUGGUACCUCCAACAUUGCCAAAUUUAACCUGAAAACCAAGAAACUAGCCACCUUGGCUAUCGACAACGCUCUGUACCACAACCUCUCCUAUCUGCUCACCAAUUCAAAGACCUACUUCAAGCUGGCAGUGGACGAGAAUGGUUUGUGGCUGAUCUUCUCUUCCAGCUUGGACGAGAGCAUCAUGGUGGCUCAACUGGACCAGAAGACCUUCUCAGUGACCACCUACAUCAACACCACCUACCCCCACAACAAAGCUGGCAACGCCUUCAUCGCCUGCGGAGUCCUCUACGUCACCGACACCAAGGACACACGGGUGACCUUCGCCUUCGACCUGCUGAAGGCGAAGCCUGUCAACAUGACCUUUGACCUGCGUCCCCCGGGUGGGGUUCUUGCCAUGCUGACCUACAGCCCCAAGGACAGACACCUGUACGUGUGGGACAGCGGCUACGUCAGACUCUACGUGGUCCACUUCAUCUCAGACGACUGAGCGGAGAGCUCGUACUGGCUGAGGUGACGUGGUCAGCUCUCACAGGUCUGUGUUGUUGUGUCAUGUCUCCUGUCUCGCUCCCUGACCCGCACCAGACGUCACAAGAACACAGAUCUGUGAAAGCCUGCUGAUUCUUGCGACUCCUGAGGGAAAACCCACGUAAAUAUCCACCUUGUAUCUGUGAACGCUGGUCAUGUAACUUCAUAUUAGAUUUUAGUAGUAAUGCGAAGACACACUAAUUACUUCCGGUGCAGAUUCCCAUUAUGUUAGGGGUUGAUAUAUCAAUAAGGGCUGGUCCAUGAGAUCAAUAUAGUCAGAUGAAGAAGUUGUUAUUGUUAGUGUAUAAAUAGUGUGUGUAAUGAACUUUGUCCAAACAGUAUAUUAGUGAUGUAUUUAUGUGACCCUUUUUCUACUGUUCUUGGGAUUGUAAGCUUUGAAUAACAAGUUGUUGUAUUUUUCA